GUUGCUGACGUGUAAGAAAGGAAGUAGUUAGCUUUCUCUGCAAUCCUCUUCAUGUUAAACAUUACUGAACCUGUGUCAGAUUCUACAGUGGGAUGUAUAAAGCUGUCAUAUUAGUUCUAAUAACCAGAAUUGAUGUUGGAUAGACACCUCAAGACAAGAGGCCUGACAUAUCAAAUCACCAAGGGCAUCAACCAUGGGCAAGAGGAGGGUUCCUGACUUGUACCGAGCCCCUUUCCCCCUGUACACGGUGAAGGUGGACCGCAAGUCUGGAUUCAUUAUCACAGCCGGUGGUGGUGGGGCAUCCAAAACCGGAGUCAAGAAUGGGGUGCACUUCCUGGGUGUGGAGCUGGUGGGUGGGAAGCACAGUGCCACGCUGCUGCACUCCCACGACACAGACACCCGCGCCACCAUGAACAUGGCGCUGGCUGAUGAUGUCAUCGCUGCCGGACAGGAUGGCAACUGCAGCAUCAUGCGCUUCAGGCUGCGCACACCCAAAGACGGACGCAAGGCUGGCGGUGCCAAAGACGGCCCCAGUGAGAAUCAGGGUGGCGCGAGGAGGCGUGGAGGUGGCAAGGGGGACAAGAGUGGGGCAGGCGGGGGCGACAAGGCCAAGGAGAAGGAGAAGGACAUGAAGGACGAGACGGUGCAGCUGUCGGUGGAGCAGGUGGGCUCGGUGCUGUCCGACUCCAGCCCACAGGACCCGCUCCAGAAGGUGGUCCGCUUCAGUCCCGACCUCAAGCUGCUCCUCACCGGAGGCACCGACGGAUACCUUCGAGUGUGGGAGUAUCCUGAGCUUAAGGAGAUGUAUAAUUUCAAAGCACAUGAAGGUGAAAUUGAGGACGUCGACAUCAGUCCUGACAACAAGCAGUUGGUGAGUGUCGGCCGGGACUUCAGCUGUAGUGUAUGGAGCAACGGCCAGCUGUCCAUGGGCCUGUGUUGGCAUGAAAACAUGCCCCAUAUCACAGAGAAGAUGUACCGCUACCAGUCCUGCCGGUUUGGUAAAGUCCCAGACCAGAAAGACGCUCUGCGCUUGUUUACAGUCCAGAUCCCCCAUAAACGGGAGCGCAAGCCGCCGCCCUGCUACCUGUCCAAGUGGGACGGACGCACCUUCCUGCCCCUGCUCACCCGGCCCUGUGGCAACGAGGUCAUCUCCUGUCUUGAUGUCAGUGAAUCUGGCACAUUCCUCGGACUUGGAACGGUCACUGGAUCAGUAGCCAUACACAUUGCCUUCUCACUGCAGAGGCUGUACUACGUGCAGGAGUCCCACGGGAUCGUGGUGACAGACCUGGCGUUCCUACCUGAGUCCGGCAAGAGCCAGGCGCUGCGGGGGGACAACGAAGUGGCCUUGGUCAGCGUGGCCGUGGACAGCCGCUGUCAGAUGCACACCGUGCCAAACAGAAGGUCGUUCCCGCUGUGGCUGGUGCUGUUCCUGUGUGCAGCCAUGGUGGUGGGGGUGCUCCUCCUGCUCCAACACCUCUUCCCAGGCUUCAUCUAACGGGGCAGGGAUGGCUGUCUGUGGGGAUAGCCAGGGCAGGACUAGGCAGGACCAGGCAGGGUAGGAGAAGGUAGGGGAGGGGAGGGUAGGAGAGGGAAGGAGGGCAUCUGGACCAGCUGUGGUAGAAGAUGGCAUCUCUUCAGCCACUGCAGUGUGGAUGGUGGUGGUUGCAGUUGUAAUGACAAUGGGGGCGGCAGGGACAAGGACAGUGGCUGUGGCUGUGGUGACAAGGGGGAAAAGUGACAGACUUUUGCCUGGGGCUGUUCUCUAUCACUUUGGAGCUCUAUCCUGAGAGCACGUCUGGAUCUCAGCAGUCUGCCGUUUAUGGACAUCACCACCAAGGCUUUGGGAAGACUGAGACAAUGGAUGCAGCCACAGUUCUAUCCUUUACACUGUCUAUCUGUUGCCUACUGCUGCCCAUGCUCCCACAAAACAUUCUCACACACACACACACACACACACACACACACACACACACAGACACACACACACACACACACACACACACACACACACACACACACACACACACACACACACACACACACACACACACACACACACACACACACACACACACACACACACACACACACUUACUGUACCGUCCUCUAUACAGCAUCACAAUCAUGCCUCAGCAGUUGAAGGGAAAUGGACACAUCAAGCAAGCUUGAACUCUGACCUGAGGCCACAGCUUCAGAACCUUGGACAAUAGACUUUGUGAUGUAAGAUAAAAAACAAGACGCACAUAAAUGUACACAUCAUUUUUAUAAAUAUCAAUGCUUGGUGUUUGUAACUGCUGCUACGGUUGAGCCCUGAUAUCUCUACUCAAACCCCCCCCAAAAAAGAAAAGAAUAACAAUGCCAGUUGAUUCUGAAAAUUAUAGAAAAGAAAGGUCUGAUGAUUGAUUGCUCCCAUGCGAUUUUGUAGGGAAGCUUUUUAUGCACGCUUCAGACAUUGGAAUCGGGACCCCUAUUUAAAUGUGAAAAUGUGAAUCGAAAUGAAGAUUAUUUUCCACCUGAUAUAAUCCCCCCCUACCAAAAAAGCCUCAGGAAUUUUACCUUUAACUGUUAAAAAAAUUAAAAAGAUCUUAGUACUUAAAAAAAUAUGUUUUUGAAAUGAGUGUAUGAUCACACCUGGGUUGCUUGUUGCUCCUUGGGUGAGGAAGCUUAUGCAGUGUAAUUAUGCACAGUGUGGGGACUGUCGCCCAUUGCCUGUUUUUAUGCUAGAUAUUUAAAUACAAAUGUACAAAAAUAUACUAACAAUUUGAAAUGA